AUGGCGUCCGCGCGGGACACGAUGCCGUUCUGCGACCCCUCCGGGAUCUGCCUCACGGUGGUGGUCCUGGGCGCCAGCGGCGACCUGGCCAAGAAGAAGACCUACCCGGCGCUCUACGCGCUGUACCACAGGGGGUUCCUGCCCCCGAACCUGAGGGUUGUGGGCUACGCCCGUUCAGCCCUGACGGACGAAGACCUGAGAUCGCGGCUGAAAGGGUUCCUGAAGGGUGAGGAGGAUAGCAUCGACAAGUUCUUGGCGUCCUGCUCAUACGUCCGAGGAGAGUAUAAUGGCUCCGAGGGCUACGAGAAGCUGCAGGAAAUACUGCUGCAGCGGGAAGGAGAGAUGAUGUGCCCCAGCCAGAUCGUGGGCCGCCUCUUCUACUUGGCUUUGCCACCAUCUGUCUACCCCCAGGUUUGCACUGGACUGCGGCACAACUGCACUGACCUGGACAAUGCAGCUGACAAUCCGAAGAACUGGAUCCGCAUUAUUGUGGAGAAGCCGUUUGGCAAAGACUUGCAGAGCUCAGAGCAGCUGGCAGACUCGCUGGGUGCUCUGUUCCCUGAGGACCAACUCUACAGAAUCGACCACUAUCUGGGCAAAGAGCUCGCCCAGAACAUGACUGUAAUGCGGUUCGCCAACACAUUCUACAACAGCUGGUGGCACAGAGACUACAUUUCGAAUGUGCAAAUCACAUUCAAGGAGAAUUUCGGAACUCAAGGCCGGGGGGGAUAUUUCGAUCAGUUCGGCAUCAUCCGAGACGUCAUCCAGAACCAUUUGAUCCAGCUGCUGGCCCUAGUGGCGAUGGAGAAGCCCGUGUCCCUCCACCCGGACGACAUACGCGACGAAAAGACGCGCGUGCUGCGCUGCAUCGCGCCCGCCACCGUGGAGGACACCGUGCUGGGGCAGUACGUGGCCACGGGUGACGAGCCUGGCUACCUGGACGACCCCACGGUGCCGCCGGGGUCCAAGACGCCCACCUUCGCGGCGUGCACCCUGUACGUCAGGAACGACAGGUGGUACGGCGUGCCGUUCGUGCUCAAGGCGGGGAAGGCGCUGAACGAGAGGAAGGCGGAGGUCCGGAUCCAGCUCAAGCCCACCCCCGCCUCUCUGUACUUGUCGGAGGGAAUGAGGAACGAGUUUGUAAUGCGGCUGCAGCCUGGGGAGGCGAUUUACAUGAAGACGGUGGUGAAAAAGCCUGGUCUGGAGAUGGACACCGAGAUGAGCGAGCUGGAUUUGUCCUACACGAAGCGCUACUCCGGGGUGCACAUACCUGAGGCGUACGAACGCCUCAUCCUGGACGCCAUCCGGGGCGAUCAGCAGCAUUUCGUGCGCAGGGACGAGCUGCGCGCGGCGUGGGCGAUCUUCACGCCGCUGCUGCAUCAAAUCGACGAGGGGGCCCUGACGCCGGAGCCCUACGACAUCGGCUCUCGAGGACCCGCUUCCGCCGAUGCCCUGUUGGCGAGGGCUGGCUUUGAAAAGGGUGCCAAGUACACGUGGAACCCUUCCGCCAGCAUGUAG